GAAAUGAACAAUUCCUUUUAGAUUUUGAGCAGCUUCAGAGCCAGUUUCCUGACCAGGAGCAAUUGCGUGCUGUUACUGAGUCGAUUCUUAUUUCUCUGGUUAUGCAGUGUAGUGGUCAUGCACCCCGGGCAGAAUUCCUUCUAUUUGCUUUACGCAGUUUGUGCAGUAUAGGUUACAUACGCUGGGAUACAUUCUUGCCUUCCCUUCUUUCUUCUGUUUCCUCUGCAGAGAUUUCAAUUGCUCAAGGGAGUCAGUCUGUGCCUGCUGUCUCUUCUACAAGUUUAUCACAGUCUGGGAUGUUGCCAUCUUCAAACACAAUACCCAUUUCCUCUACUUUUCAGUCUUCAAAUCCUGCAUCUCCUAUGCCUUCAGUUCAUGGUAUUGGAUCCCCUGCUCAGUCAGCUACUGAACCAUCAUCUGGUGCAGCUUUAUCACCAAUGAAAUCAUCUGAUGUCGCUUGUACAGGACAACAGUCCACAAGCAGGACCAAUUUAUUAAUAAGAGAUAAUGCUAUAAGUAGUCUACGUCAGUUAUGCUGUAAGAUUAUUUUAACUGGUCUGCAAUCCAAUUUGAAGCCUGUAACUCAUGCUGACAUUUUCCACCAUGUGCUGAAUUGGCUGGUUAAUUGGGACCAAAGACAACUGGGGAGUGAUGAAUUUGAUGGUGCAAAAUGCUGGAAACCUGAUAAAGCCCUAAUUGAAUGGUUACACAUUUGUUUAGAUGUGAUCUGGCUGUUGGUUGAGGAUGAUAAAUGCCGUGUGCCUUUUUAUGAACUGUUGCGAAGUGGCUUGCAGUUUAUAGAAAACAUACCAGAUGAUGAAGCAUUGUUUACACUUAUUUUGGAGAUCCAUAGGCGGCGAGAUAUGAUGGCUAUGCACAUGCAGAUGUUAGAUCAACACCUUCACUGCCCUACAUUUGGAACUCAGCGGCUUUUAUCUCAGGCCACUACUAAUGUAUCAGGUGAAGCGGUGACUAACAUGAGAUAUUCACCAAUCACAUACCCAAGUGUUCUUGGCGAACCUUUGCAUGGAGAGGAUCUUGCAGCUUCAAUUCAGAGGGGAAAUUUGGACUGGGAAAGAGCUUUGCGAUGUAUAAGGCAUGCUCUGCGUACUACUCCCUCAACUGACUGGUGGAAGCGUGUGCUUCUUGUGGCUCCUUGUUAUAGGCCUCAUUCUCAAGGCCCUACUCCUGGUGCUGUUUUUACUUCUGAAAUGAUUUGCGAGGCAACAAUUGAUAGAAUUGUUGAACUAUUGAAGUUGACAAAUUCAGAGAUAAAUUGCUGGCAAGAGUGGCUUGUCUUUUCAGACAUAUUCUAUUUUCUAAUGAAGAAUGGGUGCAUUGAUUUUGUUGAUUUUGUGGACAAGCUAGUUUUACGCUUUGCAGAAGGUGAUCAAAAUAUUCUUAGAACAAAUCAUGUGACUUGGCUGCUCGCGCAAAUUAUACGAGUUGAGCUGGUGAUGAAUGCUUUAAAUACAGACUCAAGAAAGGUUGAAACAACCCGAAAGAUUCUUUCAUUUCAUAAAGAAGAUAGAAGCUCUGAUCCUAAUAAUCCCCAAAGUAUCCUGCUUGAUUUUAUAAGCAGUUGUCAAAACUUACGUAUUUGGUCAUUGAACACAUCAACUAGAGAAUAUUUGAACAAUGAGCAACUUCAGAAAGGAAAGCAAAUAGAUGAAUGGUGGAGACAAGUAAGCAAAGGGGAUCGCAUGAUGGAUUACAUGAACCUAGAUGACAGAUCAAUUGGUAUGUUCUGGGUUGUGUCUUACACAAUGGCACAGCCUGCUUGUGAAACAGUGAUGAAUUGGUUGACCUCUGCUGGAGUUCAAGAGUUGUUACCUGGAUCAAACUUACAGUCAACUGAGAGGCUAAUGGUGAUGCGGGAAGUUAGCCCAUUGCCAAUUUCGUUGUUAUCUGGCUUUUCAAUCAACUUGUGUCUGAAACUGGCUUAUCAGAUGGAAGAAUCUAUGUUUUUGGGACAGGUUGUGCCUAACAUUGCUAUGGUUGAGACAUAUGUUAGAUUGCUGCUCCUUGCACCUCAUUCAAUGUUUCGAUCACAUUUAAGUCAUCUGUCACAGAGGAAUCCAGCCAUUUUGAAGCAGCCUGGACCUUCUCUUUUGGUGCUUGAAAUUCUGAACUACCGUUUGCUUUCACUCUACAGGUACCAAGGCAAAAGCAAGAUCUUGAUGUAUGAUAUAACGAAAAUAAUUUCCACGCUAAAAGGGAAACGUGGAGAUCAUCGCAUUUUUAGAUUGGCUGAAAACUUGUGCAUGAAUCUUAUUUUUUCUUUGAGAGAGUUUUUUUUUGUGAAGAAGGAAGGAAAGGGUCCUACUGAAUUCACAGAAACCUUGAAUCGUAUAACCAUAACAACCCUUGCCAUCAUCAUUAAGACACGUGGGAUUGCUGAGGCUGAUCAGAUGCUCUAUCUUCCAAACAUGUUGGAACAGAUAUUGUCAAUCAGUCAACAUACAUGGUCAGAAAAGACUUUACGCUACUUCCCUUCUAUUCUCCGUGAUGCCUUGAAUGGGCGGAUGGAUACAAGAGGACUGGCAAUUCAAAAAUGGCAGCAGUCAGAAACUACUGUGAUUAAGCAGUGCACACAGCUUCUUUCACCAUCAGCUGAUCCUACUUAUGCCAUGACUUACAUCAGUCACAGUUUUCCAAUGCACCGAGAUUAUCUUUGUGCUGGUGCAUGGGUACUGAUGCAUGUCCAUCCUGAGAACAUUAACAGUGCAAACCUGGGAUGUGUCUUAAGAGAAUUUUCUCCUGAAGAAGUGACAGCGAAUAUAUAUAAAAUGGUGGAUGUCCUUCUUCAUCACAUUCAUUUGGAGCUACAACAUGGACAUUCCUUGCAGGAGCUUAUAUUAAAAGCUUCCACAAAUCUUGCAUAUUUUGUUUGGACCAAUGAGCUGCUUCCCUUGGAUAUUUUGCUUUUAGCACUUAUUGACCGUGAUGAUGAUCCCCAUGCUUUGCGUAUUGUGAUCAAUCUACUUGAGAGGCAAGAGCUUCAACAGAGAGUAAAAUUUUACCUCAUGAAUCGUGGCCCACCUGAGCACUGGCUUGCCUCUGGCAUGUUCAAGCGUGUUGAACUGCAAAAGGCUCUUGGAAAUCAUCUCUCUUGGAAGGAAAGGCAUCCCACAUUCUUUGAUGAUAUCACUGCACGUUUGCUUCCAGUCAUCCCCUUAAUCAUCUAUAGACUUAUUGAAAAUGAUGCCACAGACUUCGCUGACAGAGUUCUGCAGUUGUUUUCCACAUUUCUUCACUAUUACCCCCUAAAUUUUACAUUUGUUCGUGAUAUACUUUCAUAUUUCUAUGGUCAUCUUCCAGGAAAGCUUAUUCUCCGAAUACUGAAUGUACUGGAUCUUAAAAAGAUCCCAUUUUCUGAGUCAUUUCCCCAGCAUAUUAACUCAUCAAAUGCUGCCAUUUGCCCGCCAUUGGACUACUUUGCAACUCUUUUAUUAGGUAUUGUGAAUAAUGUUAUUCCUCCUUUAAAUAAUAGCUCAAAAACUGUCUCACUGGGGGAUGCUUCAAGUAAUUCCCUCCGUGCGCACAAGAAUUCUGCGACUUCUCAGCCUGGACCAACAAAUGCUUCUGAAGGCCAGAAAGCAUUCUAUCAAAUCCAAGAUCCAGGGACACAUACUCAGCUGAUGCUUGAAACAGCAGUCAUAGAAAUACUCUCUCUUCCUGUAUCUGCAUCCCAGAUUGUAUCAUCACUAGUUCAAAUUGUUGUGCACAUACAACCAACACUAAUCCAAUCUAGCAAUGGUCUGCAUGGUGCUCCUAAUAGUGUUGGGCAAGGUUCUGUUUUACCAACUUCCCCUUCAGGAGGAAGCACUGAUUCCUUGAACGCAAGUAGACCAACUCCUUCUGUCUCAGGAAUUAACACCUCUAACUUUGUUUCCCGAAGUGGCUAUACAUGCCAGCAGUUAUCUUGUUUGCUCAUCCAAGCUUGCGGUCUUUUAUUGGCUCAACUCCCAACAGAUUUUCACAUACAACUCUAUAUGGAGGCAUCACGUCUAAUAAAAGAGAGUUGGUGGCUUACUGAUGGGAAGAGGUCACUUGGAGAACUAGACUCUGCUGUUGGUUAUGCUUUGCUUGAUCCAACAUGGGCUGCCCAAGACAAUACCUCAACAGCCAUUGGUAACAUUGUGGCCCUGCUUCACUCUUUCUUUAGUAAUCUUCCACAAGAAUGGCUAGAUGGAACACACCUUAUCAUAAAGCAUCUCAGGCCGGUUACAUCAGUUGCAGUGUUGAGAAUAGUAUUCCGUAUUAUGGGUCCGUUGCUUCCGCGAUUGGCCAAUGCACAUGCUCUUUUCAAUAAGACUCUGUCAUUGCUUUUAAAUAUAAUGGUCGAUGUGUUCGGGAAGAACUCACAGCUAUCAACUCCUGUUGAAGCAUCGGAUAUAGCUGAUCUCAUUGACUUCCUCUAUCAUGUUGUCCAUUAUGAAGGGCAAGGAGGACCUGUGCAGGCUAACAGUAAACCAAGGUAUGAAGUUUUGGCACUCUGUGGAAGAGCAUUGGAAAAUUUACGUCCAGAUGUACAGCAUCUACUUUCCCAUCUAAAAACCGAUAUCAAUUCUUCCAUCUAUGCUGCUACUCACCCAAAGCUGGUUCAAAAUCCUUUAUAGCAAAUGGGGUUUACCGAUUUAUAAGAACAGAAUAGAGAAUGAAGGUAUGAAUAGGAAUGGUCCAUACAGAUAACAUAUAUGCAAACUUUUUCUCGUGUUUUUCUGUUAAAUAAUGUUUUUAAGUUACAAGUUAAGCAUUAUCGAUCUGUCUUUCUAGCGCAUAACUUGCAAUGUAUUGGUAACGUUGCCGUCUAGAAGAGGCAUUUGAUAGCAUUUGUAUUGUAAUGGCAAUGAGUAAUGUGACACAUAAUGCAUCAAUAAGUUGUGAACUAUUUUCUUGUGCU